AUGUCGGGAUCUGGUUCAGAGUCGUUUGUAGCUAAGAUCUUCGAAUAUGGUCAGUUGGCUUUAUCGCAAUUUCUAUCACUGUCACUAGCACAGCAGAUUUCUAUCGUUGUAAUCACUCCGUUUGUGUACAACAUCGUUUGGCAAUUGCUGUACUCUUUGAGAAGUGAUCGCCCUCCAAUGGUUUUCCACUGGAUUCCAUGGUUUGGCAGCGCUAUACCAUAUGGUAUGAGACCGUAUGAGUUUUUCAAAGAGUGCCAGGAGAAAUACGGUGAUAUUUUUUCAUUUGUUCUUUUAGGUAAGGUUAUGACUGUUUACCUGGGAUCCAAGGGUCACGAGUUUGUUUUCAACGCCAAAUUAGCUGAUGUGUCAGCUGAGGCUGCUUACACUCAUUUGACCACGCCUGUUUUCGGUAAGGGUGUCAUUUACGACUGUUCGAACAGUCGUUUAAUGGACCAAAAGAAGUUCUGUAAGUCUGCUCUAUCUACAGAUGCCUUCAAGAAGUAUGUUCCACUGAUUGCCGAUGAAGUUUACAAAUAUCUCAGAACUUCAAGCAAUUUCGGGAUAAAUAAGGAAAAAGGUGGUAAAAUUGAUGUCAUGGUUACGCAACCUGAAAUGACUAUUUUCACAGCCUCUAGGAGUUUGUUAGGUGAGGAGAUGAGAGAGAAACUGGACACCAGUUUUGCUUAUUUGUAUGGCGAUUUGGAUAAAGGUUUUAUCCCAAUCAAUUUCGUUUUCCCAAAUCUUCCAUUACCAGUCAACAAGAGAAGAGAUCAUGCCCAAAAGACAAUUUCUGAUGCUUACAAAUCCUUAAUCCGUGAAAGACGUGAAAGGAACGAUAUUCAAGAUAGAGAUUUGAUUGAUUCUUUAAUGAAAAACUCUACUUAUAAAGACGGCACUAAAAUGACAGAUCAAGAAAUUGCUAAUUUAUUGAUCGGUGUGCUGAUGGGUGGCCAACAUACUUCUGCUGCUACUUCUGCUUGGGCCCUAUUACAUUUAGCUGCUAGACCAGAUGUUCAAGAAGAGUUAUAUCAAGAGCAAAUGCGUGUUUUGGAUAACGGUAAGAAAGAAUUGACAUACGACUCACUGCAAGAAAUGCCUUUUUUGAACCAAACUAUCAAGGAAACUCUAAGGCUUCACCAUCCUUUGCAUUCUCUUUUCCGUAAGGUUAUGAGGGAUAUGCAAGUUCCAAAUACCUCAUUUGUCGUUCCAAAGAACUACCACGUUUUAGUUUCUCCAGGUUUCUGUCAUUUGCAAGAUACUUACUUUCCAAACGCGUCUCAAUUCAAUAUCCAUCGCUGGGACAACGAUGCAGCUUCUUCAACUGCUAGCGGCGAGGAAGUUGACUACGGAUUCGGCACUAUCUCAAAAGGUGUUUCCUCUCCAUAUUUGCCAUUCGGUGGUGGUAGACAUAGAUGUAUUGGUGAACAUUUUGCUUAUGUUCAAUUAGGUGUUUUGCUUUCUAUUUUCAUAAGAACUAUGAAGUGGCAUUUUCCUCCAGGUAAAGACGUUCCUUCUCCAGAUUUCCAGAGUAUGGUUACACUCCCAAUUGGACCAGCGGAGAUUGUGUGGGAGAAGAGAGACCCAGCUCAAGUUAUUUAA